AAAUUUUAUGAGUCUGAUUUUUUUUGUCAAACAGUACAAAUCGUAUCGGAAAAUUUUUAUUCAAAAUGAAACUAUUGAUUGUUCUGGUUGCGCUUUUCGCCAUGGCCUUUGCUAACCCACAAUGGGGCUUCGGUGGCGGUGACCAACAACAACAACAACAGCAAGGAGGAUUUGGAGGUGGUUUCGGUGGUUUCGGAGGGGGAGAACAACAACAACAAGAACAAUUUGGUGGUUUCGGUGGUUUCGGAGGAGGAGAUCAACAGCAACAACAGCAACAGGGAGGAUUUGGUGGUUUCGGAGGAGGAGAUCAACAACAACAGCAACAACAGGGAGGAUUUGGUGGUUGGUAGAAAGUUGACGAAAAUAAAGAAAAAUUAAAACUA